CCCUCCUACAAAGCCACAAGCAGGUGCAGGCGCAGCUGCGGCGCGAGCGGACAGAGCCGAGCCGUUAGCGCGCGCGCGCCUUCCGUGCGUCCGUCCGUCGGCGCGCCGCAGCUCCCGUCCAGGCCUAGCGGCCCCGGCCCCUAGUCUUCCCGCACUCGGAGCUGCCCGGCAGAGCCGGCUUUGGCGCGGCAGCCAUGUCCAUGGGCCUGGAGAUCACGGGCACCUCGCUGGGCGUGCUGGGCUGGGUGGGCACCAUCGUGUGCUGCGCGCUGCCCAUGUGGCGCGUAUCGGCCUUCAUCGGCAGCAGCAUCAUCACGGCGCAGAUCACCUGGGAGGGCCUGUGGAUGAACUGCGUGGUACAGAGCACGGGCCAGAUGCAGUGCAAGGUGUACGACUCGCUGCUGGCGCUGCCGCAGGACCUGCAGGCCGCCCGCGCCCUGAUCGUCGUCGCCAUCCUGGUGGCCGCCUUCGGGCUCUUCGUGGCGCUCGUGGGCGCCCAGUGCACCAACUGCGUGCAGGACGACACGACCAAGGCCAAGAUCACCAUCGUGGCGGGCGUGCUUUACCUGCUGGCCGCCGUGCUCACCCUCGUGCCGGUGUCCUGGUCGGCCAACACCAUCAUCCGGGACUUCUACAACCCCCUGGUGCCCGAGGCGCAGAAGCGCGAGAUGGGCGCCGGCCUGUACGUGGGCUGGGCGGCCGCGGCGCUGCAGCUGCUGGGGGGCGCGCUGCUCUGCUGCUCGUGCCCGCCGCGCGAGAAGAAAUAUGCGCCCUCCAAGAUCCUCUACUCGGCGCCGCGCUCCACCGGCGGCGGCACGGGCACCGCCUACGACCGCAAGGACUAUGUCUGAGAGGACAGACGCGGGGAGACCCACCACCUCCACAAGCUGGAGCGCGCGCCAGUCCGGCGUGCGGCCUUGCAUCGGAGACCAGCCCAGCCCAGCCCAGAUGCCAGGCAGCGCUCUCGGUGGACUGAGAGGGGCCAGCCCGGCGCCCCCUUCGCCAGCUGCCAUCCCUCCUCGGGCCGGGGAGCGGGACUGCGAAGCCCAGGGACCAGACCGCAUGGACAGUAAAACUUCGCCCCUCUGGAGCGGGGGCCUGGGGUGGCCGCCACUACUUGCCUGCCUUGUCGGGCCGCGGCCCCAAAGCUCGCGUUGGGCUGGGACCAGCAGCCUUCAAAGGGGCCACUUGAUAUUUUUCAAUAAAAGCCUUUGGUUUUGCA